AAUAACUCCGUCGCAUGGAGGAGACAUUUUUGAAGCGAAAACUACAAUUCCCUCAGAGCUCCUCGAAAGUGCUACUUGUCAAUAUGGCUGUUGUCAGACAGACAAAGCGGAGAGGCGAAUAAUUCGCCUCUGAUUAGAAUUCCUUGGAAAAAUAGUCGAACGGGGCACUGACAUCAAACUGCGGUAAUACUGGGCCUCCUUUAAGUCGAGGUGGGCUUUUGGUCGCUUGUUGAAGUUAGAUGGUGAAGCGGACAGUUUAAACUGAGUUCAGCAUCAGGAUGUCUGACUUCAGCGAAGAGCCACGCUUCACUAUUGAGCAGAUAGAUUUGCUGCAGCGGCUGCGUCGCUCCGGCAUGACCAAACAGGAGAUACUCCACGCGCUCGAAACUCUGGACCGGCUGGACCGGGAGCACGGUGACAAGUUUGGUCGCCGCACCUCAUCCUCCUCCUCUUCCUCUUCGUCCUACAUGGUAGGCGGGACAAACAACUGCACCAACAACUCUGCCUCCAACAACACUGCCUCGGCAACCACCACCUCCUCCGUGACGUGCAACGGCGCCAUCAACAAUGGCGAAGUCGGCGUUGGCGAACACUCCGCAACCACUGCCUCCUCUACGACCUCCAAGAUAUCCACGGCCACGCAGACUCAGUUUGGCAGCAAUGGGGGGCUCUCGCCCUCUCUUAGUAAUAGCUAUGACACCUCCCCUCCUCCAGCUCCGCCUCCACCCACCACUAUCCUGCCCUCACCUGUUUCACUGGUGGCACUGUCACAGAAUGGCCGUGACAGUCUUGCUGCCACACCCAACGGAAAGCUGUCACCUCCUCGGUACCCUGUAAACAAUGCAGCAGCAGCAAGAACCUUUGGGUUUGAGGCUAUCGAAGAGGACCUUGACGUUGACGAUAAAGUGGAAGAGAUGAUGAGGAGGGAUAGCAGCAUGGUGAAAGAGGAGAUUAAAGCUUUCUUGGGGAACCGCAGGAUCUCUCAGGCAGUGGUCGCACAAGUCACCGGCAUCAGCCAGAGCAGAAUCUCCCAUUGGCUACUGCAGCACGGCUCCGACCUGAGUGAGCAGAAGAAGAGGGCUUUUUACCGCUGGUAUACGUUGGAGAAAACCACUCCAGGUGCCACUCUUAACAUGCGGCCAGCGCCAUUGCCUCUGGAAGACAUGGAGUGGAGGCAAACUCCUCCUCCACUGACCACUGCCCCGGGCACUUUUCGACUUCGGCGGGGGAGCCGUUUCACUUGGAGGAAAGAGUGUCUGGCUGUGAUGGAGAGCUACUUCAAUGACAACCAGUACCCAGAUGAGGCCAAAAGGGAGGAAAUUGCCAACGCCUGCAAUGCAGUUAUUCAGAAACCAGGGAAAAAGCUGUCUGAUUUGGAGAGGGUCACCUCCCUCAAAGUUUACAACUGGUUUGCGAACCGCCGCAAAGAGAUUAAGAGACGAGCAAACAUUGAAGCCACAAUCCUAGAGAGUCACGGGAUAGAUGUGCAGAGUCCAGGGGGACACUCCAACAGCGACGACAUUGAUGGCAACGAUUUCACAGACCAGGCAUGUGAUCUGCCAUAUUUUGACAAGAGACCUCUUAGCAGACCAUUUGGCCUUUACCGCUUGGAGCCCACCUCCCCGACACAGGAUGAAAGCGCUGCUCACAGCGAGCACCAGGAUCCCAUCUCUUUGGCUGUGGAGAUGGCCGCUGUCAAUCACACUAUCUUGGCCCUGUCUAGAACCGGAGGGGUUCCUAGCGACAUCAAGACAGAAGUCCUAGAGGACGACUGAAUGGUAUGAGGAAAAAAAUGGAAACAACAAGAAGACAAAGGGAAGGAUAAAUGAAAGGUGCAUUUCAACAGCAGGAACCUUUGAAGUCAUAACUUUAGGAGGACCAUUUUGUGUUUGAACCCUGGGAAGUACAGGAUAUUGAAAGUGUGUCCUGUGCCAGAACACGACCCUACUUGGUUGGUCUCGAUAGUUUUUACAUAAAUGAUGUUGCGACUUCAGUUUCUUACGCAAAUGCAGGAUCACGCAAGGCACUUGCGCACCAUUUUCCAGGACAAAAAAAUGGUGGAUAAUGCCAGGUAAAAUAUGAAGACCUUAGCUUGGAAAACAGGCUUCUAGAUAGUACUCUUAACAGAAAACAUCCCAGGAACUGAAUUGAAGAAAGAAUUCCCAUGGUCCCAAUGCGCUAUGUUCCUCCAAAAGGUCAUCCUCAUGCCUUCCCAAAACAAUCCAUGAUUGAUUGUCUUGACUUCCUGAUGUACUAACUAUUCUUACAACUAAAGUAUACAGCCUCCUUUUACUGAAAAACUAUCUAUGGAAAAAAAAAAGAUGAAAUAGAAGUCCUGGCCUUUUCUUACAACCGAAACCUGUGGUUGUACUUACUCCUCAUUCCCCCUUCUCCCAGGACACUCCUCCUUACCUCUGCAGCCUGGUCGUCUGAGCCAAUCCUCACUCAAUCUCACUCAACCUCAGAGACAAAACUCAACAAACGUGUACUGUAUAUAAGAUGUAUGGUUCUUCUAGUUCUCAGUCAUCCAAACCCAAUGAUGUGCUACCUACCUACCUACUCUCCCGCCUCACCCUGGUCAUUGUGCAAUGAACGGCCGGAGACGCCUCUGGACGAUGUCUUAUGGAGAGACGAAUGGAGAGCGUCUUCUCCGUCCGAACAAAACGGAAUGGCAGGCAGUUUCAUAAAUCCCACAUCCCUAACUGUCUGAAUGUUUUCAACCCUCACCGGAAUCGUGGAAGUUUUCUGCUGUCGAAUGCAAACCCGAAGAUGAAUAGCCUUAAGUUCAAACACCUCUUCUGGAUCUCACUACUAGACUGCUUUGCAUGUCAGAAAUCCUGAAUAGUACUUUAACUUACUCGCUGCCAUAGAUGGCAACUUGAACGGGCUGACAGUGAAUGAGUUAAAACAAGUUUCUAUUCCACAGCAGAAAGUCAGAAAGCAAUUAUUGUAAUAUUUAGCGAGGACUUCAGUGCUUGAGGCAAUGAAGAAUCUGUUUAUCAGUCAAGGUGAUAAUCAAGCAAAUGUUAAGCUAUCUACUAAUGGAAUCUUCGCUUCUUUUUAACGCCCUCCACGCCAAAGGAAAAGACACUGUCGUGAGGCCGGCUCAAAGUCGCCCUCGGCAACAUAGACUGGUAUGACCGCCGUCUUCACGGACAUCCAAAAGUCAUUUCUUCAAAUAGAUCUGGCGAAAUAUUUUAGUCGUUCUGUUUUGGGCCAGUGUUACCCAAAUAAAGCAAGAUGGAAUGCUCGCUAACAGAGGACGGAAGUAUAAUCAUUGCUUAUCUGCCUCUAUAAUAGCCAAAAGAAUGUGAUUGGAUUUUUUUGUAGGAAAUUCUUCUUCUUCUAACUAAAAUCACACUCAGAGUUGAUUUAGACUACGCCAGUGUAAUUAGCACAGAGGUUGAAGCAACAGUUUUAAAGGUAGUUAUUCCUUAGUAUUUGCCUUUCUCUAAAUCAAAGGAUAGAAGUGUUGUUGUUUUUAAAGCGCCAGUCUCCUUUUGGGGACGCGGCAACUUUUCAGUCAAACUGAGCUCGGCACUUAUAGACCAAAGGAAUAGAUUUACAUUCUGGGAAAAACAGUUUAUUUGUGUAUUUUCUUUGUGACGGUUUGUAUACGCAACUACUCUAAAAGGCAGGAAAUAGCCAGCUUCUCUAGGAAAUACGCAGAAACUUUAAACCUAAUCAACUUCAAAUCGACUGAUGUUGUUUCAUCGUAUUCAUGAACUACCAGCAGGGCUCAAGACAAACACAAUGAGCAAAAUACAGGGUGAGGACCCUUUUUAAUAGAGUUGCUAAAGCAUUUUAAAAUGAUAUCGGAUAAUAUCGACAUCGGUUUUUCGUGAUCGGUUUUAGGCCAAUAUGCAUGUUGCCUUCAAAGUGAAUGUAGAAGCCUUCUGCUUUUGUACAAGGACUGGUCACAGCUUAGCACAGCAGUUAAGGCUGUUUCAAACUAGCGGCAGCCUAGUGUGGAGGGUUCAGUGGCAACCAAUUCAUUGUGUAUGUGGGAGGGGACUUCUCGGCAAAAGUGAGCGGUGGACGGCUGUUUUGGGCAAAACAGCAAGUUUGAGUGAAUUUGCGCCAAGAUGUGGGACCCAAAAUAGAGCCUUGUUCCAUUUUCAAGGUGCUACCGCGUUGACGUCAGCAACACAUCUAAUAGCAGGCGUACUUAUAUCUGUGCUAUCAGGCUGUUUCGGCAGACGGAUUUACGCAAAGUGUAGCCAACGAAACCUUGAUAAAUGCGCUUUUAUGUGUUGUUUUGAAAAAACUUAAAAUUCAGUCAUUGUUUCUUAAAGGCAUGUUAUAAGGUUUAAAUUACUAUAAAUAAAAUAUUUUUCUUCCAUCAGUCUUGUUUUAUUGGAUUGUUAAAAAGGGCGGUCACCCAGUAUUUUGCGGCAGGCUGUAAAUAAGUUUGCAAAAUAUAUACAGUGGUACCUCUACUUACGAAAUGGUUCUGGAAGUAGUUUUGUAACUUGAAAAUUCGUUUCCAUGUAAAUGCCCUAAUCCGUUCCGAGCCACCCAAAAUCAGAACAUCUUUUCAAAACAUGUAACGAAUACAUGUUACAAUUAGAAUAUCCACAAAAAACAUAAAAGUUGUGCAUAAUAUAGAAAACAAGAAUAAAGAAUUAAAGUUAAUUCACUCAUGUAAAGCUGUUGGAACACAAGGGGCGAAUGAAGGUGGACGCUGGGAUACACACUUACAGUAGAGGUCCCUCUUAGACAAUUACAUACCAGGAAUCCUAGGCAAUAGCCAGUGGCAGAGCAGCUAUAAGUGUUACGUUCAGUAAACCGCGAGUACCAGCCAUACUGUAUUUUUGCCUUUUGUAUCAUGAAAUUUCUUUCGUAACAAGAGGUAAUAUUUUCCCGUUGAGGCGUGUCUUAACCUGAAAAUUCUGUAGGUAGAGACGUUCCUAAGUAAAGGUACCACUGUAUUCACAUUUCAUUUGAUAAAUUCCUGUAAUUACUGAUACUAUAGCGGCACUUGUCCCAAAAAUUUAAUUUUUGGACAGUUUCUCACAACCGUUUGGACUCUACAGCAAAAUGUUUCCUUCUAAUUUUAGUAGGGGUGAAAGUGUGUACUGAUAUUCCGUUUACCAUAAUUUGUGACAAUGACAGUAUUGAAAACUCCAACAUAGCCCUUUAAUCAUAGUAGCAACUCAACUGAAACCUACAGUUGAGUGAGUUUUUAUGAGCAAUAAAUAAUAUUUUUUACGCGUAAUAUAAAUUGAAAACAUAUUUGUUGGUGCGCAACUGCUUGAAAAUGUACUGGCACUGGCUCAAAUGUUAAGGGAAAAAUUCAAUCAUUUCAUUGGCAGUUUGUAGCCCUAAGCAGGUUCUUAUUUACAUAGUUCAUUCCACAGGUCCUAAUGCACAAAUCCAAUUUUUUUUCAUGUUUUUCCGACUCAAGUGUGGCAUUAACUUGACUGUCUGAACGUGACAAGUAGAGGCGUGGGAAAUUUCCGAUUCUUAGAUUAUUUGCGAUUCGGCCGUGGAAGAUUCGAGACCGAUUCACAAACAUCCAAAUUCCAAUUAUUGAAUUAAACCAGGUAAAGCGGAAAUAAAACACAGUCAGCGCAGUCUUCAGGACGUAAUGAGGAACGGACCAAGUGUAAAUAUCAUGUUCAACUAAUGCCACUAGAUAAAAAAAAAACAAUAAUGCUUGACUGUGACCGUCAGCCGCUACAAACAGCGCCCAGUUGCUAGUUGCUACAAACAUACGGCAACAUACGGCUACGGUAGAUAUCACAUAUAUCUAGAAAUAGAUGUGAAUUGACAGACAAGGGCCCUGUUAGAUCAUAUACCUAGAACUAGAUGUGAAAUGAGACUUUCCCGCGCUACUAAACAAGCGCCAUUUUAUAAAGCAGUAGACUUCUCUAGAAGGCUCUGUUGUAGCUAACCUAAUUACUUUUUAUCUAACAAAAAAAAAAUUUGGCAAAAAAUUAAAAUUGACUUGAAUCUCUUUAAAUGAUGAAACAGUUUGAAAACUUUCACGUCGAAAGUAGACAGAAGGGAAAUGAUGGAAUAACGGGAGCAAUUUUAACAACUUUAACGGUUGAUUCACAACAUUAAAUUAAUUGAAUGUAGUUUAAAGCUGGCGAUACAGAAUGGGGACUUGAGUAUUUUAUUUACUGUUUUUAACAGUUAACUUGAUACUGAAAUAGUUUGUUUAGCCUGAAAGGAUUUUUGAACAAUUUUGGAACUAGUGUACAAAGAAUUAAAAGCUGGGGGAUGGCGGGUUGGUGGUGCAUCAAUAAUCGAUUUAUAAUCGAAUCAGAGCCUCUGCAUCGUAAAUCGAAACAUUAGGAGCCCAAAGAUUCCCACCUCUAGUGACAAGUGUCAUCAAAGGGGACUAUUUGAAAUCUGAUCCAGGUCAUUUUUCUAUGUGGUUAAAAUCCGAUCCAGGCCAGAUUUUUCUAGAAUGUGGCUGUGGUCUGAACUGUGAAGUCUCCAAACUUUCGUAUGUGGUUAAAAUCCAAUCUGGGCCAGACUUUUUUCUAGAAUGUGGCUGCGGUCUCAACUGUCAAGUCUCCCAAAUCGGAAUUCAGCAAUUACGUUAGCAAAGAGCGAGAGAGCGUAGCGUAGAGAUUAGCGUUAGUGCCUAGCUUGAACUCGGCUUUUAGGGAAGAGGCGGGCUCAACAACAGUCAUAAAAAAAAAAAAAAAUCGGGGGGAAAAAAAGGAUAAGCUUGAGAAUGGUCGGCUUUCUUUCUGUGCGCCAAGUAAGCAAUAUUUCAAUAUUGCUUAAAUAGCUGAGAGUCAGGGCAACUGACCCUAUGUGUGUUUGUCAUGCGUGCGUGCAUGACGAACACACGUACACUCAGUGCAUGUGUUCUAUCAAUCCAUAUGAACUUUUAAUAUCAGACUAAACGGGGAUAAUUUAUGUUUGUUAUUUGUGUCCGCUUUUUGGAAAUUAAAAUAUGAUCACCCUAGAAUGACGUAGAGCCACUAUGUGUAGUCAUUUGUUUUGGUGCUUCUGCGCAUGCGGUUCAGUUUUCUCAGUGCGUGUCAGACUGCGAAUCAGUGCGCAUGCGUAAUACUUGAUACUUGGGCUCAAUGGAAAAAGACAGUCGAAACGGGCACGCCAACAGCUAUGACAAAAAAUUGGGCAUUAAGACCUGCGGUCUGAACCUAGUCAUAGCAUCAGAACUAGAUAAAGAUGCAUUGUUGAAUGCGCCCCUAUCUAAUGCUUAAAUAGCACGUAUGUUUUCCCAAAGUGUGAAACUAUUCCUUAUGAAGAGGUCUUGAGUAAAGAUAUUCGAAUACUUGAUCAUGAAAAGAAUAUGUAAUGAAAUACAAGCUUUCCUUUCACACAGUUCUGUUAGUGGUCGUAUCACAGACAUUGAAAGUGUUUAUCAAAGCUGUUAUUCAUUGUAAUGUCAACUUGUAUGACUGGCACCCACAUUUCAAAAAGGAUUUAAAAAAGGAUUUUGGGGGGUAAAGAAAAGAAACUUCAAUAUUUAUACUCAUUUUUAAGGCUAAUGUACAAAGUGUUUUGAAAAGAAACAUGCGUAUUGUUAAAUUAAUCAAGCUUUUUUAAGUUCACCUGAAUUUUUUUAUCGUCUAUUUUCUAUUGUGUCAUUCAUUAUUAGACUGAACAACAGUCUUCCUGUUUGUGUCUGAGGUAUUUUGUGAAAGACAAAUAACAAUGCACCUUAAAAAGAGGAAAAUGUUAAGCUUUUGAAUUAAUCUUGAUGCGAUCUUGACACUUCCACUUAAGCCGGGGCUCCGUUGAGGAAGUAGGGAAUGGAUGUAGCGGAGUUUUUUUUAGCACUGGUGCAGGAAAAAUGGGCGAAACAUUUGGCAGGUUUUUAGCGUUUCAAUGGAUUUGAAAUGGAACACGAUGCGAUUAAAACUGGGGGUUCAACAUACUGUAGUGUGAAUUUGAGAUUUGGUUCGAAAUACAUUAAGUGCACAGGUGCAAUUUAUUGUAUAAAACGGAUAUUAAAGGGAGCAUUCUUGUUUUUAAAUAACAUUUUUUUUCCAUAAAUUGUAUCCACUUUAAUACAUUUUUCAAUCAUUCAAAUAGGGGAGAAAUUGUUUCAAUUUUUCUUUUUUUUUUUGCCAAAUUCAGAAGACUUCACUUGACAGGUAUUUUUUUUGCUAGACAUUCACUAAAAUCAGGGUCUCUGCAGGGUUCAACAACCCAAAUUUAAGACUUUUAAAGAGUUUUUUUAAGAUCAUAAUGAAUAAAAUUUAAGACCCAUUUCAUAUCGAUAUCGGCGAAAAACGUACAGAAGAUGCGAAGGAAAAAUGGAGGCCCGGAAUUACUUGCUAACAGUGCAUGUGUCUGAGCAGACACACAAGCUCCCUGAGCACACUGAGGACAACUGUGAGCAACAUCAGAUGUGUACGCUGUGGCCACACACCAGUAUCACACCUGUUCAAAACUUUGAAUCAUAGCAAGUUACAUAGCUUAUUAAAAGCAAUUUUCAUUAGUUUAUCUUUAAUAUAAUUGAUUUGGCCCACUGACAAUGAAUUGGACUAAAAUCUUGUUGUUCAUGAGAUGUUUACAGAUAGUCCCCGGGUUACGACGUACCCGACUUACGUGAUUUUGACGUAAUGAAGCCGGAGUCUCGUCCGCCAUUCUGUCUCCAAUCCUUUUGAGUCGUGUAAACAAUACCUAGUUCUUGCCAUGUCAGGAUCCCCACUUCCCCCAGUAGCGCCGCCGCUGUUCUGCAGUUCCUGACGGCAUCAGGUCCCACGUUGGACUUUAAUGCUCCUGAUGUGGACCAAUAGUUGCUGACAUUUUAUUACUGCUUUGCGCUUUUCAGAUUUGCAAUGGGGUUCCUAUGCCUUGAUAAAGUUGUCGAAUUUUCUUGCACAAAGUGCAGUGUGCUUCAUACGAGCUUCCCUCCACCGGCUUCAACCAUGCGCUGAACUGUACGUUCUCAAGCCACAAAUCAUUAUAUUUACACUUACCUAUGUACGUAACUACUGUAAAUCGGUUCUGCUAAGUAUUCUUCACUAUGACUAAGCUAACUAAACUGUCAUGACGCAACCGCGCACACCGCAAAAGCAAAACUUGCUUGUGUUGAUAAAUUCUGACCGGGCAGCAAAGGUUGUUCCGCUUUGUACUUCUAGUGUCCUCAAAAAUCAAAGCAUUUAAAAGCGAGGCUGAAGUUUAUGCAUGCUCUUAAUAAAAGUAGUCAAUAGAUUGUUAAGACCUUUCAAAAUUGUAUUUAAGAUCAUUUAAGACCCUGCAGAUACCCUGAAAAUUUACAGCUUUUGUCCUAUUUAGGAAUUAUUUAAACUGGUGGUUCUUAACCUGGGUUUGAUUAAACCCCAGGGGUUCGGUGAGUUAGUCUAAGGGGUUCGGAGAAGGGCUCUGUGUUUCUUUACCUAUUUCGUACGCUGAUUAAAUCUAGGCAAAGUGGUUUCUUAGACCAGGUUUUGGACUGGGUUGCUCCCAAUUUACAGGCUUAAUCUAUUUCUACUGAUAGUCCUUGGUUUGAUUGGAGGAGGAAUUGGUUUGCUCAGUGGAAGGUUGACUCACACUUGGUGUGAGGGAAUAAAACAGACCAAUGGGCAGCGUAGUCUCAAAUUUUGACCUGUUUAUAAAACAUGCUGUUAAAAUGACAAGAAUUUUGAAUGGGAAUUUUCUAAAUUAUGAGCUUGCUAGCUUAGAUACAGUUGUGGUCAAAAGUUUACAUACACUUGUGAAGAACAUAAUGUCAUGGCUCUCUUGA